ACACCAAAAACUCCAAAUCACAAUAUUCCAAAAAACCGAAAGAGCAUAAAUUCCAUAAACCCUUCGAUCACCCACCAAAAACCCUUUAUACUCCUCGGCGAUGUCCUCCAAAGCCUAAAACCCCUUAAUCGAAAAUCCCAAAACGCAAAAACCCAAAACCCGAUAUCAUGAGCUCCUUCACCAGCACCACCAACUUCGACAACCUCAUGCUCCAGACCCUCAUGGGUCGCCUCCAAAUCCGACCCCCAACCAUUACCACCAACUCCUCCUUCCUCUCCCAAACCCUCGAAGACCUCCUCUACGACGCCGCCAACCUCUCCUCCUCCGACGACGACGAGAACAAAACCCAGCUCGCCAAAGAGGAGUCCAAGCUCGAGCGGGAGAUCAUCCGGGUCAUCCUCACCGGCAACACCGAAUCCCUCAAACCCAAUUCGGGCCAGGCCGUUACGAUCGGCGAGCACCACAUUUGCGUCGGGUUUCACGAGGAAACGGGUUCGGAUUAUCGGGUCUGGGAGUGGCACGGUCAUAUUAUGCUGUUUGAUGAAGAGAAUGGGUACACGCCGGAGUAUAUAUAUGGGAAUUACUUUGAGAGGUUGGUUGGGAAGGCGCGUGGCGGAAGCAGCGGCGGUGUUCGUGGCAGUGAGGAGGUGAAAGAGGAAGAGGAGGAGGAGAAAGAGGUGGUUGGGAAUAUGGGGUUGAGGGAGUUGAUUGAUGGUGUGGAGGAGGAUUCGGGUCAGGCUCGGAUUGUUCAUCGGAAUAUCAAUGCCAGUGCCGGUUCUACAACUACUACAAGGAGUUAGGUGAGACAAAAAGCUGAGGUUUCCCUAAGAAGUUUGGGGUGUUAAAGAGCGAGCUGCAUUGAGCUUCUUGUUGCUUUUGUUACUGGGAGUUUGGGAUCAAGAUUGUUUUAUCAUUUUACAUGGUGCCUGUAUGCUGCUUUCACUAGUUUUUCUUGGGAUUUCCAAUACUUAUGGACAGUACAGAAGACCGAAAAGGAAUGUAUUGUGAAACAUAUCUCUUUUAAUGUAGUUUCAUAGCAGUUUUGA